AUGGAACCCAGACCAACGCCCUCCGAGAAUGAAUCCUCGGGAUGCCCCAACACUGAGACUGUUCUCAUUUCUUCAAACUCCGAAACGGCCACAAAGCUCUGCGGUGUCUGGUCUAGAAUCCCGGCCUGGUUCUGGACCCAGGAGCUUGAGGAAUACGAGGAGGUUUCUGUCGAGCUGCAGCCAUUCAAGGGGAUGCGAGCUGAAGCACGAAAUGGCUGUGGUCUAUGCAAAAUUCUGUGCUUACGAGAUUACACUGUUGUGGAAGAUGGAUUGCAAGAAGUUGCUAUAGAUACCCUGUUAGAGUUAGGAACAGGCAAACUGGUGAAGUCUAGGGUCGGCGACUACCGGAUCUGGGGCCGUUUCAAAGAAGCUAAAGCCUGGCUAGGUGCAGUGUAUCCAUUCCCAUCUUCAUGGCGUCCCCGCUCCCUUGCCGCAGCAGACGAGAACUCAGAUCUCAUGCUCAUUCAGGACUGGAUUAACAAUUGCCAACUCAAUCACACAAGUUGCAACAACGUCACAAAGGAUUUCCUACCAACCAGGCUGCUGGAUGUUGAGGCGUUCAAUAACGGAAGAUCGCCUGGUCUUAAAGACGAUGUUAAACUAGUCCGCUCUGUUUCGUACCAGAUUCAAAAAGGAGGAUCCGCGCCACAAUAUAUUACGUUGAGUCACUGCUGGGGACCGCCUGAGAAACGUCCUAUUACCACGACACUCGCGAAUCUCGCUGCCAGAAUGGGGAGAAUCGCUUUCACUGAUCUUCCAAGGACAUUCCAAGAUGCAGUUGUUCUAACAAGAAAGCUAGGACAACGAUAUCUUUGGAUUGACUCUUUGUGUAUCAUCCAAGACGACGAAGAUGACUGGGCCAACGAAGCUUCAAUGAUGGCGAAAGUAUAUGCGCAGUCUUACUGCACGCUCGCGGGUCUCAGUUCUUCGGAUAGCACCGAGGGACUGCGAAUGUCCGGUAACGGUCGAACGGAUAAGAGUCUCAUUAUUGAUCUCAGCGCGAAUGAUGCUCAUAAUGGGCUAUUCAAUGCGCGUAUUUUUUCACAGGAGCCAGCAAGAUGGCAAGAGGAAUAUGAUGGCUGGAGUAAGCCUGCGAAUCACUUCGGCACCAACGGCCACAAGAAGGAAAGUCCCCUCCGAUAUCGUGCAUGGGCGCUUCAGGAGAAGGAACUCUCAACCAGAAGCAUUCAUUUUGGCUUUAAGCAGUUGUUGUGGGAGUGCCGCGAGCUCAAAGGAACUUCUGAACUGCCCUGGUAUCAUAUCAUGCGCCUAGUGGAGAGAGACGAGUUAGACCGGGAGCGCGAAUGGGCCAAAAGCCACCCGGAAGGCUCCAUCUUAUUUUAUAGGAUGAGUGCUAGUUGGCUCAACUUAUCCCAGGAUUAUUCCGAUCGGUCUUUGACCAAGGAAACCGACAAGCUACCUGCUCUUUCUGGCAUCGCGCAAUCCUUCCAGAAAUACUUUCCUAACGACAAGUACAUCGCCGGGAUAUGGACCUGCCAUCUGCCGCUAGCAUUGCUUUGGAAACCACUUACUGUUGCCACAGAAAGGUACACCACAGAAUAUAUCGCCCCCAGCUGGUCCUGGACCUCUCAUCCUUCGGCAAUUAUGUAUGACUACUUUGAUUAUCAAGAGAUCUUCUGCAAGACAUCAGAUUCAGUGCGGAAGUGGUUUGACGAACCAGAGGUUGUGAACAUAACAGGACAGCCCAAGCUCGGCGAUGACUAUGGUGCUCUUAAGAAGGGCGCGGCUUUGGAGCUAAAGGGUGCUCACAUUCUUGAACUAGACUCUAAUCUAGUUCUAGAAAGUGAUGGCGAAUUACGCUAUUAUAUAAAUGGCGUAUUUGCUGGUGAGUUCAAACCAGACGUGUAUGGUCCAAUUCAGGGAAAAUUUAUAUGCCUAGGCGUUUUCAACUCGGUGAGGCGUCGCCCGGCUAGAGGCCUAAUUCUCAAGGAACACAUUCACGACGGAAGUCCGGUGUAUAGCCGGGUUGGAGUUACGGAUCUGUUUUAUCCGUCAUUUUGGGAAGGUUCAGAGCCGCGCCAGAUAACCCUGAUCUGA